UAUCUGCUAUAUUGAUGACAGGCGGCCUUGUAGGCUUGUAUUUAAUUUGUGCAGGAAACUGCAUAGAGGAAAUUACUUAUGUGUCAUAAAAUAACGAAAGAGAUUAUACACAAGUGUGUUACGGUGACUUUGGUAUACAGAUACGGUUAUUCUGAUUGAAGUGAGAUUGUUUCAGUACUAGUGACAUAAAUAAACAAUAUCAUGGAAGAUGAUGAGAUCGAACUAAUUAGCAGCGGUGAUAAGCUGCAAGAGGUAGCACAAGUCUUACAGGACUUCAUCACAAAUAACGAGAGUACAUUUUUAUUUCCAAAUUUAGCUGAAAAUAACAAACGAGUGAUUUUGUGGGCUGCAUUGUUCCAGCAUCUCCAAAAUAAAACGUCGACGCCGAUUCAUACUCUUUGCUUAGCUGCUAUUCGAGUGCUGAGCCGAGACAAAUCGGAACUCGAAAAUUUGAUUUGUGAAAAAUGGAUAACAACCUUAGUAGAGCAUGGGGGAUUGUACAAUAUCAUUGGUAUCAAUGAAGAAAACAUGGCCCCUUUGGAGUUGCCACAGAAGGACACAGCCAUUGAGGCUUUGAAGUGUUUGUGCAACAUUGCUUACAAUAGUGAAGUGGCACGGGCGCUCUGCGCCCAUACCAGCAUUGCUCAAGGUCUGGUGGCAAGACUCAGAAUUUACAAAGAAAUUCCCUUCAAAGAUGAAAUCAUUCUGUUUGACAUUAAGUUGCUGUUUAUCUUGACUGCGCUAAGGUCAGAUAUAAAGACUAAGAUAAGAGAUGAGCUGCAUGGGUUGGACUAUUUGGUCUGCUGUCUUAACGAGUUGCUCAGGGAAGCCUCACCUAGUACCGAAGGAGUUAUGGAGCAGGAUCAAAACAUUUUCUUUACUGAUAUUCAGCAAGCCAUAGCCUGUGAGAUCCUAAAGUCCAUGUUCAAUCUCAUCGUUCGGCCUGGCGGUGAAGACAGUGACACUGAGGCAGAUGAGGCGAUGUACCUAAAGUUGAUGCCUGUGCUAACCUCCCUGCUGUACACUAAGACGACUGACGAGGAAAAAUUGAUGGACUUGAGAAGUAAUGUCGCUAAUUUGUUGACCAGCGUGCCCCCACCAUAUUACGCAUAUCUAACCCCAGAGCUGAACUCUGGGGAGACUGCAGAGUGUACGUUCGAGGGCAAAAACAUGGACGCGUUGCAGUCCCUUGUGCAGCUCUUGCAGUACCGCUUGUCAAAUACCACGAACACAAAGAACCAAUGCGAAAACCUAUCCCCGAUACUAACCGUGAUGAACAAGGCGGUGAGAACACGCGCGGCGCGCAAGUGGCUACGGACGCGCGUGCUGCCGCCGCUGCGCGACGUGUCGCGCCCGCCCGAGCGGGGCAGCGAGCUGCGCAACCAGCUGUGUCGUCUGCUUACGACACCCGUGGGCGCUAUCCGGGACUUGGUGGCCGAGUUUAUCUUCAUUAUGUGCAAGGAGAAAGUGGGUCGUAUGGUGAAGUACACCGGUUUCGGCAACGCCGCGGGCCACCUCGCGCAGAAGGGCCUGCUGGGCGCGCGCGGCACGUCGGGCCGCUACUCGUCCAGCAGCGACGACUCCGACACGGACGAGUACCGCGCCGCCGCGCCCGCCAUCGACCCCGUGGUCGGCUGCACGCGCCCGCCCCGACCCAACCCAUUUGAGGGCAUGACCGAUGAACAGAAAGAGUACGAGGCGAUGAAAUUGGUGAACUUGUUCGACAAGAUGGUUUCGGAGGGCGUAGUGGUGCCGGCGCGAGUUGGCGCCGACGGCCGCCCCGAGCCAGUCCAGCACGUGCUGGAACUGCGCGACCCGCCCAACCGUCCGCAGUCCUAAACCGACUGCAUUCCAAUUUUCCAUUCCAUUUUGGUGCCGUGACCAGUAUCCUUCGAUGGCUCUGUUGGAUGUACGGGGACCUUGCCGGCGCCUAGUGCUGGAGCCGCCCCUCGGUAUUCCGACUAAAUGGAUAUUUGCGUGCAAGUUUGUUAUCAAUAGUACGAUAGCAACAUCCAUUAUAUACUGCUUAAUUACGCAUAAUGUUUUACGGCCUACGAUUUACAGCUACUCAAAACAGCAAGUUUUUUGAUGGCUGUCCCAUGGUAAAAAUAUGAUGAAAUUUAUUUACCUGUCUUUUUUGUUGUGUUGUCUUUCGUUUCCAUUGAAACUUGUUGUAGAUCGUGUCAUUCAAAAUGACAAUUUGACAAAUCUAACCUAAUGGCAUGACAAUACGAACCAAGGCACCAGUUUCGGGCGGCUGAUAAUACAUUUCGACACGCGUGUAACGUGGGAAUAUAUAGGUAUAUUUAUAUAAUGUGUUUGUGCACGUAUAGUGGAGUCGUUAACCACGUAUAGUACGAUGAAUUUUAUCAACAAAUCACCCCCCAUACUGGUGUUUUUUCUCAACCAUUUUAAAAAUGCACCACUUCAAAGUUUAAUGGCGCCUAACACGACUGCACUUGGUUAAUGCGCCAUUAUCUGUCCAUUUACCUAUCGCACAUUUAACCUUUUUCCAGGCCGCACCAAUCUACAAGGUUUUCCCAAAAAAUCCAAAUAUAUUCCAAUUAAUCCAGCUUUGAUGAUUAAUUUAGAGACAAGUAACAUUUCCUGAAAGUGUAAUCUAAUUUGAACCUUAAAUCCGAAUGCUAAAGUUGAAAUUCUAAUGGCGCGUAUGUGGUCGAUAAAUCGUACUAUGCCUGGAAAAGAGUUAAAAAGUAAUAAUCAUUCGAUAGCUUAUGAAUUAGGGCAUAAAUUUAAAGCAUAAAAUGUUACAGAGAAUUUUCCACAAAUACUCGAGAAUUAAUAACGAAGAUAAAAAUUGUCUUCAAAAAUUUACUUUUUUUUCAUAUUUUAUCUUUUUUUUCGAAAACGAGGUCGUUGACCUGUACUUUUUUUGUUCUUAAAAGACAGUACAGAAUAUCAGCUAAAAGAUGACAUCAAAAUGAUAGCCCUAGUUAAAAUGUUUCACAAGUUACACUAGUCCAAACAAGAUCUUCCGUAAUGUAAGUCGAACUAAUUCGGGCGGCGGGCAAUUAUUCUUUAGAACUAAGCUUAUGCUCAUUACAGAUUCUAAAAUGGUUGAGAAAGAGUCAUUUUAAAAUGGUUGAGAAAAAACAUCAGUAUGGGGGGUGAUUUCUCGAUAAAUUCAUCGUACUAUGCGCGGUUAACGGCUCCACUAUACGUGCACAAACACAUUGUAUACAUACAUAUAUCUGAAAGUAGGUAAUAAGAAAACUUUAAGAAUCUUAAAGUUGUCUUUAUGACAACUUUAAGAUUCUUAAGGUUAAUAUGGUUAUUUGCGUUAUAUGAUCACAAAAAGAACAUAUCUGAUAUGUAUCCGCUUGAUUAGGCUCCGUAAAACUCCAGGGGACUACUUGACCGGUAACAUUUUGUCUGGACAGUGAUCAGCUUGGUAAAAAUAAGGGCAUUCAUUCCGCUCAAUGCCACUUCGCUUGUUUAUUUUUGUAUGGGACACGAAGAUUAAACUGACCAUAUUAUCCUCGGGCUGCUCGGGCAGUACCUAUGUUUAGUGAGAAAUGGCUUCAGUAUCAUUAAAUAAUAUAAUUAAGUACCUAGAGUAAGAUUGAUAUUAUCGAGAAACGUAAUAAUAUAAUGUGCAUUUAUGAUUUUAAAAGAUAAUAACGUAUUUAAUGUUUUUAACGUUAUUACCAUUAAAAGUUGUGCCAAUAUUACAGGUUGGUCCCUAUUUUUUUGUUUCGUACCUUUGCAAAUUAUAAUAUUGACAAAAACCUUAUUCAGUUGAUCUUAUUAUUGGUCUUGUAAAUUUAGACUUUAAAGGAACCAAAGUUUGAAAUCAUUUGCAAGGAGCAAAGUUUCUUGCGCGUAAGUAAAUGAUAGUUAUCAUGCACUAUUUUUGUACAAUCGAAAGUAUCAAGUCAAAGAAUAAUAGUCUGUUAUUUUAAGGAAUUUAAGAGAAUGUAUGAUUACAAAAAAACAUAACCACACAAAUAUACAUAUGUAAUCUUAAUACGAUUAAAUGACCAAGUGGUUUAGACUGUUUACAUUAUCUUACGGCGUGCAUAAAAGAACAGACUAUAUAUAUUAGAUCUUAAUUGUAAGUUGGUAGGUGUCACGCGCCCACAAAAGCUCAUACUUCGGUAAUCUUUACAUAGGUGCCGGGCACCGAACUUCGCUGUCGUUCCGUGCCGCUCUAGUUGUCAGAUCUUUGUGGCAACCACAUUAAUGGUGCAGAUUCAACCAAAGUUCUAAAAUAUUAGUUAGCAUCAUAGCAGGUAUGAAAACAUCUACAUACAUGCUAGGUUUUCAUACUAUUGUGUGUACUUGCAACAUCUAGUUGCAAGGUGUGGUACGUAGGUGCCUCAAUUUACUACAAAAAGAGUUGGUGUAAGUAAAACUCUUAAAUCCUAGUCAUAAAGAGUUAUAAAUAUUAUAAUUUUAUUAACAUUAAGUAUAAGUUUUGUAACAUUUACAAAUUUUAUUUAAUUAGCCCUAAAUCAUUGUCUUCGUUAAAUAUUUUGGAUAUUUUAAAUUUACACUGAUAAUAUUAUUUAUCUAUCUCUAAAUAAAUGUUAUAGUAUAGCAUAAAUACUUGAGUGUCAGAUUUUCAUUCCAUUUUCAUAUAGCUCUUUCUGUAGUUAUAGAUGUAAUAGAAGUUGAUGUGGGUAACUCCUAUUUAUAGAAAUAAAUAGAACAAUUAAAGGGUAAUCUCAUUAUAAAACGUGCAUCUACCUAAAUGAAAGAUAUCAAUAUAAUUAAAUGUAUACACUACCGAUUUAUGACAAAUUUACUAUUUAUGUUUCUGUAAUGGUCUUAAACAAUAAAAAGCUAUAAAAAUGU